AAACCAUGAUCAUUCCAAUGUAUUUAUAUGUUCAUCACAUUUUGAAGAGAGUGACUUCAUAAACUUCGGGGAGUACAGCAAAGGCUUCACGACACGGUUGCGGUUGAAGCCUGGAGCAGUACCAUCGCGGCAGUCUACGGCCAGUGUCCAGCCUAGCACAUCGGGGACAUCUUUCAGCCAUGCAUUUUCACAAACAGACCCACCUAAUCUGUCAUCUCGGAGGACUCAGCUAUCAAUGGGUACUCUACGACAUCAUGUCAAAAGCAGAGGAACACAAACUACUGGCUGUUCUGAAAGUGUGAACAUUGGCACAACUACAGCAGAUGCACCUUGGGGACCUCUGACCUCCACGCCAAUCAAGGUAGCACAUCCAAGGCCAGCUAAAAGAAUACGGUUAGAAGAAGAGGAGGAAUAUGACACCAGUCAUUCUACAAUCAUCCCAGAACCACAUGACUCAACAUAUGACCCAGCUAACUCUAUGACAGAUGUCACUGAUGUGACAGACAUGACAGAUUCAUCACAGCUAUUUGACACAACUAGAUCUGGCUACAAGGACUCCAAGUUCAUUGUUUUUGAGAAGUGCCUGCUGGAGCUUUUUGAAACCUGUCCCAUAUGUAAACGGGUAUCUGAUGUGAGGCCCCGCAGACGCGGCACCUUCUUGGCAGUUGACCAGAUUUGUCAUCACUGCAAUUUUUUUCGACAGUGGAAAAGCCAACCUGUGAUUGGGAGCUGCCCCACUGGAAACCUUCAACUGUCGGCAGCCAUAUAUUUCACUGGCACUUCAUUUUUCCAGUUACAAAAGGUAUUCAAAGCCAUGCAUCUGAAAAGCAUUGGACACUCCACAUUCAGACGGCAUGCUAGAAGUUACUUGGAGCCUGCCGUGAUCCACAAAUGGCAUGCGUUCCAGGAAUCUGAAUUUGAGCACCUGAGGCAGAGACCAGUCAAAAUUGGUGGUGACAUGAGGGCAGACUCACCAGGCCACUCAGCAAAAUACGGUAGCUACAGUCUGAUGAACCUGGAAAACAACAACAUCAUUGACAUUCAACUUGUGCAGAGCAAUGAGGUUGGCGGGAGUCACAAUAUGGAAAAAGAGGGGCUAAAAAGAAGUCUCGAGCUUCUUGAAUCCAAAGGUGUGGCUAUUGAGUACAUCGUCACAGAUCGGCAUCCUCAAAUACAAAAAUUUCUUAGAGAGCGCAGCACACAGCACUUCUAUGACGUCUGGCACUUUGAAAAGGGUCUGUCUAAGAAACUGGACAAAAUUUCCAAAGACAAGGACUGUGCAGUUGUGAAGAAGUGGCAGCGUGGCAUCAGAAACCAUGUUUAUUGGUGUGCAACCUCAUCAUCCACAGGGACAGAGAAGGUUGCAAAAUGGACAUCGGUUGUGAACCACAUCCAAAACAAACACACCUACGACAAUCCUGCUUUUCCAAAGUGUCUGCAUCCAUUAUUAAUUGACGAAAUGUAUUUAGGUUCCAAAGCCCUCUUCAAAGUUGAGAAGCUGUUGUCAAAUAAGAGGGUCCUUACUGAUGUGGAGAAGUUGAGCUCCAAGUACCAGACCUCAACAUUGGAGGCCUUCCACAAUAUUGUUAUACGCUUCACUCCAAAAAAUGUUGUAUUUCCAUACAUUGGCAUGUUGUGCAGGUUGUACCUGGCAGCCAUGCAUUUUAACGAAAAUGCAGGGCGUACCCAGGCCAGAACAACAUCAGGGAAACUAAGAUACAAGGUGCUAUUUCCUAAGGCCAAAAAGGGAGCACACACCGUGAAGGCAAUGAAAACACAGGCCACAUACUGUUACAUCUUCAACAUGAUGGCAUUUCUUUUCGAGGACAUAGUGCCCAACAACCAGCCAUAUGUGGAGGAGUUGCAGAAAGUUCCAGUCCCUGAUACUCUGGCAUCACAAUAUGAGCAUCCUCCCCUUGAAGAAGCCAUUGCUGCCUACGUAUCUCGGUUCAGACAAGGGGAGGUCUAA